AUGGAAAACUUGGCAGAAUUAAAUCCUGACGAGAUUAAAGAUGAAUGGGAUAAGUUCAAGGUCAAGUACCGGACCGGUAGUGAACUAAACAUAAUGAAAGACUACAAAGAGCCGACCCGUCGGGCAAUAUUUGCCGACAACUACCGGGCCAUCCAUAAGCACAACAUAGAGGCCAAUGAUGGCAAACACACCUAUUGGUUAGGCGUCAAUAAGUUUACCGACAUGAGUAUCGACGAGUUUCGCCAUGUGUAUCUAUGCAAGUCGCCUACAUUGGAACAAGAGUUGGCCUCCCGACGAUUAAGUGGUUGGAGUAAAUUCAACAUUUACCAUCGAAAUGUACCCAACAGUGUUAAUUGGCGCCAUAGAGGCGCGGUCACCAGGGUCAAAAAUCAGGGAGAGCUAUCGGUGCAACACGUUAUUGAUGGCCUUAAUAUGCCCUCGGCAUUAGAAAGUGGCGGGUAUUGUGAUGAAGUGUACGAAUUCGUAAUGAGACAAGGUGGCUUAAUGUCAGAAUCUAACUAUCCAUUCCGAAACGAUUUUGACCCUACUCAAUUAAAGUCGCAUAAGAAAAUUGUGACGAUAGAAGAUUACGAAUUAUCGCGUGACCAUAAUGAAAUGACCCUGCGCCAAAUUGUUGCUUGCAUAGGGCCGGUGGCGGUGGGCAUUCGUAUUAAUGGUCAAAAAUUUCGAGAUUACAGCCGGGGUGUUUGCGACAAUUGUGACGGACCUCCUCCUUACGAUUACCACGCGGUUGUGGUUGUCGGCUACGGCACAGAAACAUUUAAUGGCAUUGACCACGAUUACUGGCUAAUCAAAAAUAGCUACUCGGAAGAUUGGGGCGAAUCGGGAUACAUGAAACUUGCGCGCAAAGGAACCAACCUGUGCUAUAUUGCAUCGAAUUGCGCAUUUCCGACUGGUGUGCGCAAAGUGUUAGUAAUAAUUUGA